AUGCAGGCCUUCAGACAAUCAAAGCCCGCCGGCAACCUCUUGCGCCAGCUCGCCCAGCGCAGCUACAGCUCCAACGCUACCCCCUACGCCAGCACCAUCAACAACCUCCGCAUCAACAGCGACACCAAGGUCCUCUUCCAGGGUUUCACUGGCAAGCAGGGAACUUUCCACGCGCAGCAGGCGAUUGACUAUGGAACCAAGGUUGUUGGUGGCACAAACCCCAAGAAGGCUGGACAGGAGCAUCUCGGCCUGCCCGUCUUUGCCAAUGUCAGCGACGCUGUGAAGGAGACUGGCGCGACCGCUACCGCCAUCUUCGUGCCACCCCCACUCGCCGCCGCUGGUAUCGAGGAGGCCGUUGCCGCCGAGAUUCCCCUCGUAGUGUGCAUUACGGAAGGGAUCCCCCAGCAUGACAUGGUUCGCAUCACCUCAAUCCUCAAGUCGCAGAACAAGACCCGCCUGGUGGGCCCCAACUGCCCCGGUAUCAUUGCUCCCGGUCAGUGCAAGAUCGGCAUCAUGCCCGGUUUCAUUCACAAGCGCGGCCGCAUCGGUAUCGUCAGCAGAUCCGGUACCCUCACCUACGAGGCCGUCAACCAGACCACCCAGGCUGGUCUCGGUCAGUCCCUCGUCGUCGGUAUCGGUGGUGACCCCUUCAGCGGCACCAACUUCAUCGACUGCCUCAAGGUCUUCCUCGAGGACGGCGAGACUGAUGGUAUCAUCAUGAUCGGUGAGAUUGGUGGUUCCGCCGAGGAGGAGGCUGCCGACUUCCUCAAGCAGUACAACACCGUCAACGGCGGCAAGCCCGUUGUCUCUUUCAUUGCCGGUAUCUCUGCUCCCCCCGGCCGCCGCAUGGGUCACGCCGGUGCCAUCGUCGCCGGUGGUAAGGGUGAUGCCAACUCCAAGAUCAAGGCCCUCGAGGCUGCCGGUGUUGUUGUCGAGCGCUCGCCCGCCAGCUUGGGCAAGGCCCUCCGUGACGAGUUCGUCAGACGUGACCUCCUAUAA